CCACCUGGCCCGCAGCAGAAUACCAGAUGCCCACACGAAUACGUCCAGUGGAUACGAGAGGAUGAACGAGCCACAAUUCGAAAUUUAUGCGGAGUCAGACGACACGUUGCAGGGAAACCCGCCAACGCAACGACCCCGUCUCACAGGCGUGCGAAGGCCCGAGACGUCCAGAGGCCGGGUACAGCCACGGAGAGGCUGGCCGUACAACGGAGUGGGACGACCUUGGAACUCCAGACCCACACCACGAAGGGAAACCCCUUCGGGAGUCCCCGUGGCCAACCGAAGGAGCCAGGCAACCUUCGGACUGCCCCGCCAAGUGAGGGACCAGGACCAACCGUCAGUGGCACUCGGGAGCCAGGAAAGGAGGCAAUCGGGGAGAAGCAGGGAAGAAGAGGAGAGGGACCGAAGGGAAAGGAACGAGAGGAUCAGACUUGAGAGGAGAACGCGAUUUGAGAGGGAGGAAGAGGAGAAGAGAAAGAGAGAACGGGAAGAGGCCAAGCAGAUAGCCCAGCGCCAACGUCAUGAGGAAGCUCGAAGGAGUUGGACUUCUUCCCAGAGGGAGGCAGAGGAGCACCCCGAACUGGAGGAAGUACUCACCAUGCCAGUCCGGCCCUUCGCCUGGGAAGUGGGCGCCAUAGUGAGCCCUCUGCCGACCACCCCACCACCCAGCACGGCCGCCGACAUCGCCCGAAGCCCCGUUCCCGCUGCCCCACAACCCAGCACCACCGCCGACGUCGCCCAGAACCCCAUACCCGUCGCACCGAAGGCCAGCACCGCCACCCGCAUCGCCAGGAGCACUCAGCGCCUCGUGGAAAUGCGCCGGGAAUGGAGAAAGCUAAUGCUCCGGGUUGAGGAGGAGGAGCGACACCUCGCGGAAUUACUCACGAUCGAGAAGAGGGAGCAGGAGGAGCAGAGGACAAAGUGGGAGAAGGUCAGGCGGGAGGAAGGGGUGUGGGAAAAAGAGAAAGCCGCGUUGCAGAAAGAGGUGGAGGAGCUGAGGAAGGACAAGGAAAGGUGGUGUGCCAUUCAACCGGUCACAGCUGGCGAGAUAGUCCGGCAGCUAAAAAGGCAGUAUCGCGCCACCGGGAGCCGAACCUCAGGAGCGGCCUUAGACCAGGACCUCCUGCUAAGCUCUAGUCCGGAAGAGAUGUCAUCGGACGAGGAACUGUAAGGAACCUAAAUCGGAAUCCUUCCCCGGUAUGGCCUGCACCAGGCGAUAGAUAGAAACCUACGGGUAUAACCGACUGUUUGUUUUUUUUAUUUUUAUAAAACGUGAUAAAGAUAUAUAACCAUAUCCCGUUGAAAUAUUUAUUGUUAAAAAGCAUAUAUAUCCACUUCCCGUUGAAAUAUUUGUUGUUCAAAAGUCUAUAUAACCCUUGUCCCGUUGAAGUAUUUAUUGUUAAGAAACCUAUAUAACCUGUUUCCGUUGAAACAUUUAUAUCUAUAUAUAACCUGAUACCCUUGAGAUUUUUUUGGUGUAGUUGUAGAACUCGUAAAUAAAUCAGUAUUAUCUUUUCAAACAACUCUUCAUCGCAUAAAUUACGGAGGAGAAGCCAAAAAGGGUAAUCCGCAUCCGAGGGCGGAUGCUAGAGGAAGAAAGGGGGAGUGUAGAG